GUGACAGAUGAAAAUCACAUAAAACUUAAGUGUCUAAAAAUUCUGUUGGAACACAGCCACACUCAUUCAUUUCAUCUUGUCUGUGGCGGCUUUCCCACCACGCCAGCAGGUUGCCUAGUUGCGACCUGCAAAUUCCUUUGCAGAAAAAGUUUGCUGACACCUGAUCUAGAAAAUGGGGAGAAUAGUCUCCAGGGAAAGGAGUAGAGAGUGACAGUAAGGCCAAUUGAACCAGGCUAUCUGGUGACGGGGAGGAGGAAGUAGAACCCGUGUUAGGGUUACCCAUCGGGGGCGGUACCCAAAGGCUGAGCGGGAGUUACGCGGGCUGAAGCCCGGGAGGGCGUGGCCCCGCCCCUCCGGCAAAGUGAUUGGUCGUGGAGGGACUACAUGCUGGUGCAUCAUGGGAGUGGGACUCUCAGUGGACUGCGCGCAGCGCAUCGCGGAGCCUUUAGUAGGCGCCGGAGUCGGCAGUGGCGGCGCUGAAGUACCACGCGGGGUAUCUCGGGAGGCCCGCUCCAGGCCUCGUGGGAGGGACAAGGCCCGGGGAGAGGACUGCGGGGGCGGGGUAGGGCGGCUAGGCGGGGCCCGGCUGGGAUCACCCCGCCGGGUCGCUGGAGCCCGGGCCGGCCCGGCCCGCUCCCGGAUAGAAUGGGGCGAGUGGCUGCCCCCGGCUCCGGGAUGCUGAGAGCCUGUCCUUUCCCUUCAGCGCCCCCAUGCCCGGCUGCGAGUUGCCCGUGGGCACCUGCCCGGACAUGUGCCCGGCCGCCGAGCGCGCCGAGCGCGAAAAGGAGCGCCGCUUGCACCGCUUCGAGGUGGCGCCCGGGUGCCGCAGCGACCCGCCCCGCGCGGACCCGCAGCGCGCCGUGAAGGAGUACCAACGGCCGGCUGCCGGCAAGCCGCGGCCCCUGCCGAGCCAGCUGCGUCCGCCGAGGGUGCUGCUGGCCACCGUGCGCUACCUGGCCGGCGAGGUGGCCGAGCGCGCCGAUGCAUCCCGCGCCGAGGUGGCCAGCUUCGUGGCGGAUAGGUUGCGUGCGGUGCGGCUGGACCUCGCCCUGCAGGGCGCGGACGGCGUCGAGGCGGCGGCGGUGCUGGAGGCGGCGCUGGCCGUGCUGCUGGCAGUGGUGGCGCGGCUGGGACCCGACGGGACGCGCGGGCCAGCGGACCCGGUGCUGCUGCAGGCCCAGGUGCAGGAGGGCUUCGGUUCUCUGCGGCGCUGCUACGCGCAGGGCGCCGGGUCGCGUCCCCGCCAGGCCGCCUUCCAGGGUCUCUUUCUGCUCUAUAACCUGGGCUCCGUGGAGGCCCUUCACGAGGUUCUACAGCUACCUGAUGCCCUGCGUUCCUGCCCGGCCCUGCGCAGGGCCCUGGCUGUGGACUCGGCCUUUCGCGAAGGCAACACUGCCCGCCUAUUCCGCCUGCUGCGGAUCCUGCCCUACCUGCAGAGCUGUGCUGUGAGGUGCCACAUCGGCCGUGCCCGCCGAGGAGCCCUGGCCCGCCUUGCUCAUGCCCUGAGCACCCCCAAAGGCCAGACCUUGCCCCUGGGCUUCAUAGUCCACCUGCUGGCCCUGGAUGGGCCUGAAGAGGCACGGGACCUGUGCCAGGCCCACGGACUGCCCUUGGAUGGACAGGAAAGAGUUGUGUUUCUUAGGGGUCAUUACACUGAGGAAGGGCUGCCACCUGCUGGGACCUGCAAAGUGUUGGUAGGGAGCAAACUCGCAGGGCGCACCCUGGAGGAGGUGGUCAUGGCAGAGGAGGAAGAUGAGGGUGUGGACAGACCCAAGUCCCCAGCAUGAGGAGGAGCUGUGCACUCUCCCAGCCCAGGACUGGAUCCAAGCACUCAGGUUUCUUUUUUCAUAAUUCCUACACAAUAAAAGGAACUUGUUUUGUAGGGACAAUAACUAUGCUUGAUUUAUUUGGGAGAGGGCAGGGAGGAGUUGAGACAUGAUAGCCAUAUGGGGGAAAAGAGCUCAGAGUAGCCGUACUGGGACUAAGCUGUUGCCUCAGAAGCUUGAUAGGGUUCUGUGAUUGUCCUCAAAUUGGCAUCAAGGGAGACUGGGUAAUAACCCCCCCCCCAAAAAAAAAAAAAAACUGGAAUGGGAGAAGGUUAAGAUGAAGGAUGGUGGGGAGCUGGGGUCAGAAGUCAGCCACAGGCCUUAGGGUGGCUGCUGCGCCCUCCAGGGCCACCACCAAGAUGCUGAGCUGCCUUUGCACUUCAGCCCAGGCGGGAGAUCCAAGGCUUGUGUUCAUGGCCCUGGAGCAGGCAUUAGCCAGGCCUGGAAAUGUGGCCACGGAGCCGGUGCGGGGUGCCCAGAGCACAUGGCUGAUAGGAGAUAUGGGGGAGAAGCAAAGUCAUUUGGGAAACGGAGAAGAGAGGAGCUUCAGCCUAGAACAGGCUCUUGUCCUGUAUACAGCUAGGCACAAAGUGCCUCCCCACCGUCUCUGAAAGCUGGGGACCUUACAGCAAUGGCCCUAAGAGAUCUAGGCUACGGUCCCAAGGUGACCUUGACUGAUUUGCCUCCCAUCCUUUGAGCGUGAUUCCCCAGCUAACAGCAAAGGCCAGCAAAACUCUUAGAUUCUCCUCCCUCGGGAUCCCUGGGUGGCCCAGUGGUUUAGCACCUGCAUUCGGCCCAGGGCAUGAUCCUGGAGUCCCAGGAUGGAGUCCCACAUUGGGCUCCCUGCAUGGAGCCUGCUACUCCCUCUGCCUGUGUCUCUGCCUCUGUGUGUGUGUGUUUCUCAUGAAUAAAUAAAUAAAAUCUUUAAAUAAAAAAA